GGGAAAGUGAGUGAGUGGUCGAUGUGCCUCUGUGUAUUGCUGCUGGAUGCUGGAUGCUGGAUGCUGGUAUUUAGUCACUUUCAACACACGAUCAACUACUAGCUACCCCCUAAUUUCCCCAUAUAUAUCUACCCCAAAUACCUUUCAGACAACCCCCUCUUCUUUCCUACUCUCCAAACCUUACAUUAAUUAAUUUCCCUCCUUCAACCUCAAACUCCCCAAAACCCAAACACCUACCCUUAUUACAUUUUUCACACACACACUUUAGACCUGAUAUUUAAUCAAGGUUUUCUUUUAUCUAUCUAUAUACAUAUAUGGCUAAUUCUCAUGAGUCUUCCCAGUCCAUGAUGCUGAAUCAGAGCUUGUUUGAGGAUCAAGAUUUGAUAAUAUCAUCACAACUUGGGGUUUUCCCUUUUCAUGCAAAUUUUGCUUCUCUCUCUCUCCCAAUGUUGGGUAAUUGCAACCUACCCCUUAAAACUCUUGCUCCAAAUCUUGCUGCAGAUUCACCACUAACCCUCUCUGAUCACUCUAUUGUUACUAAGCAAAAAGAAGAUUUCACCUCUCACUUUGCAGCACCUGGAUCCCAGAUUCUUGCUUUGCAGACAUCAACCCCCUCAUCAAACUUCUGGGCAUGGGGGGAAUUGAGUGAUUGCAUGAGCAUGAAGAGAAGUAGUGUUGGGGAUGAUCAUCUAGGGGUAUCGGCGAUGAAGAUGAAGAAGAUCAAGGGUAGAAGAAAGGUGAGAGAGCCCAGGUUUUGCUUCAAGACUAUGAGCGAUGUGGAUGUACUUGAUGAUGGUUACAAAUGGAGAAAGUAUGGGCAGAAAGUUGUCAAGAACACCCAACAUCCUAGGAGCUACUACCGAUGCACGCAAGACAAUUGUCGUGUCAAGAAACGUGUGGAACGACUGGCAGAUGAUCCCAGGAUGGUGAUAACGACAUACGAGGGGAGGCACAUACACUCUCCGUCACACGAUGAGGAUGAUUCCCAAGCUUCAGCUCAGCUUAAUAAUUUCUUCUGGUAGUGAUGAUGAUGAUGAUGAUGUGGGUGGUAGUUGAUGGUUUUAUAUGACUUGUACUGUUUUUUCAUAGUUAGGAAGUUGGGAAUAAGACAGUGUGGAUAGAGUUAGAAAUGUAGUAGCAUAAUAUUAGUACAUGAUGCUGUGUGUCAUCUAAUUUCAGUGCCCUUGUUUUACUGGGCCUAUGUAGUUCAUCAGGUGCUGCCACCACCUACUUUGUAUCUAUCAUACAUACUCUUUUCUGA